AUGCCUUCACCCGCCGACCAUGGCCCUCGCACGCCCGACCGCCGCGCCUCGUCGUAUGACAUCCUCAAUGCCUUCCGCCGGCUCACCGGGAGCAAAGCGCGCGGCGAAUCGCUUCCUCCGCCUCCGCCUCCGCCAGUGAACCCUGUGCGGGCCCUGUCCGUGAGCUCCCUCCCGACGCCCUCCACAGCGAGCGGCCCUUCCGCCGACGAUACUCUGCAGCGCAUCACCCAGGUCGCCAGUGACACAGUCCGGCCUGACGUGACGGGAGGGCCGCCAGAACUCGCGCAGUUGGUCGAGCAGUUGGACAAGAGCCGUCCGUUCCUGGAGAGAGCAGAUGCCGUCGACAAGAUAGGCAGGGUCCUGGAAGAAUACCCCUUGCAGAACAUACUCGGCCUGUGGUCUGUGGCCAGUGACCUGAUCUUGCUCGAGCAGCCGGACGAAGUGGCCGAGGCAGGGUACAGGCUCCUGAGGAGUAUCUCGCUUGAUCCCAAGCUGACGCCGGUGGAGCGCACCAUCAUCUUCGACGCAGCUGCCUACCGCCGGACCACGCGGUGCUUCCAGUGGCGCCUCGAGAUCAUCUCGACGCUCACAAAUGGCGGGAAGAACAUCGCUGCCUGCGAGUCGGCCAUCGUACCCUUCAUACUGAACGCGCUCGAUGUGUGCUUCAAAGCCAGCCGUGAUGCCUUCAACUCGAACCGGAAGACAGCCGGCAGGCGCAGCGUGGACAAGCCCCUGCAAGAAACCGAGGACUUGGGUCGCAUCUUUCAAUAUGCCACCGACGUCUGCAAGUUCAACGCUAGGAUCCUCACCGACAGCGAUCUGGAGCAGAUCCUCGAGCGAGCCGUGCACAUCUGCCAGAACACCACCCAGGAAGGCGACAUGGAGAACUGCAUCAAGCUCUUUGACACCAUCAUCACAUAUGUCCACGUUCCGAUGAACGUUCUCAGAACAAGCCUUGAAGUGCUCUGUGCGAUCCAUAGGCAGAUUGCCAGCCUCCACGACCAGACAUGGAACACACUGAGCAACCUCUUCAGGUCUCACAUCGGCCAAGCUGCCAUCAUGUCGCUCCUGCACACCCUCAAGGAUGGACCGUCUAUCAAGAACCGGCAGAGCAGCCUGUACAGGGGGACCAUGCAGGUCCUGCAGAAGCUGGUUAUAGAAGACGGCCGCAGCGAACUACCAAAGGUCCCCAUGUCGCUCAUCUUCCCCGCCCUCAAAGCUUCGAUCAAAGAGCCCCAUGCGACACAGGAAAAGUUCGUCGUCGAUCUCGUAGACUCGAUACUGUCGCAAGACACCAUGAGAGAUGCUCUGCUCGCUGAAGCAGACCUGAGCGAUAUGCUGGACAUUAUUCGUGUUUGCGCUGAGCGAGACGACGACCGUCUCCGAGCAGAGUUGACUGGAUCUGGGGAAGCGUCGAGUACUGGCGACAAAGACUCUCACAUCUCAGCCAAACCUGCGUUGGAGAAUGGCAGCGCGAGGAUUGGCAAAACAGACCCAGUUGCGUCCCCAGGAGGCCACGAAGAAGACAUCGGUCCACACACUGACAUCCCUACCCAACGACCGACGGGGGCCGAGGCCGUUCGCCGUUUCGAGCAAGAUAGCAUCUUCCAAGUGCUCGUCAAAUUGGACCACAUCAGCAGCGCAAUGGAUCACGUUCAAAGGGAGGGAGUUAUGGAGCUGUUCCUGCACUGCGCGAAUCGCCUGAGCGACACAGUUGCAGAGAAAAUGAUUCAAUAUUUUGCCGAAGAGCGGUUCCUAAACCCAUCCAAUAGCGACUGGUUAGACGUGUCUCGUAACGUCGCAGCUGGGACGCUGCAUGACGCCACCAGGCCGAACGUUGUCCGACUUCUGGCAAUCAAGACCUUAAGAGACACUUAUGAUGCCGUAGAGUUACUCUGCGCGAGCGAUGUGGCAGCUCAAAGUGCUGCAAUACUGCUCGAUAGGAUUGAAGGCGAAGACAACAUCCAGAUCCUGGAGCCGCUUGUGGACUUUGCCGUCGACGUCGCCGGCAGAGCGCCAUUGGACAGAUUCUCCGAAAUCUUGGGAUUGCUACAAAAGAAAAUGGAUCAAGCACGGACAUCAGCCGCAACAUCGUCACAUUCUUGGGCAUCACACACCUUCCUGCCAAAGACUGAUGUGCAGAGCGGUUCUCAUUGCGACGUUGUAGCCGUUGCCUUGGUGCGUCUGUUCCUUCGCAGCUUUACCCACGCGGCACAAAAGACACGCAUCCUGUACAAUGCCAUACGAGGAAUCGCAGGCAACGACAAGUACGAUAACGAGUCCAGAUUGACCGCCCUUAGACUACUCUUCAGGUUGCGCGCUGAUUCACGCCACGCACUCACGGUCAACUCCUCCUCAGAAGGCGAGCGAAUAGCAGCCGAGCUGUGCCGUACCGAGGAGACAGCUAUCGCGACCGAGAAGUCUGAUGGAUCUCUCUCAAACGAGCAUGGACGAUCUGAAGACGUAUCCUCGUGGCGCGAACAACGCAAGAUCAGUGGUUCCAGCCCACAUGCUUCUCUCAAUCGGCAAACAGGUCGUGCAACAGCUGCAUCUGGCCGUGUUUCGAAACCGAUUGCUCCGUUGUGGAUGUACCCUGGACCUAAAGGUCUGCCUGAGGAACCCCUCUCCGAACCUAGUCGUGUCGUGUUCUCUCACAUCGACGCCAGCAAAUACCCACUUAGUGACGACAUUCACGACAUGGAGAUUACCUUGUGGCUGGAGCUGAUCAUCUCUUUACUGCAGAGGCCGCCCGACUGGGAGAUAUAUAGCUACGUACUGGUUCACCUGGGCCCACAGUUGUCAAACCAAGCUUUGGUACGAAGCUGCGUGGUGCAACUGCAAAUGCUCAGGAACGUCCUCUGCGAGCAAGUGCGCAACUCCAGCUUCCACGAACCUCCACCACACACAUUACUCAAGAAGGCCGAUGUAGCAGUCUGCCUGUACCAUAUCCUUACAGUCAUCAUCAGCUACCACGAGUACUUCGAGAAGAGUGAAGAGGAUGAUAUGGUCAAGGCUUUCUUGCAAGGCAUCGUGCAGUGGGACAGAACGUCGAAGUGGUGCAUUCAUGCGCUGUCUGUCUGCUGCUGCGAAGUCCCGCUCUCUGUCAGCAAAUCUCUCGACACUAUCAUCCAGAAGAUGUCACAGAUCGUAACGAAACCGGCAACCGCAAUUCAUAUCCUUGAGUUCCUCACAAGCUUAGCGCGUUUGCCAGAACUGUACAAGAACUUCCGCGAGGAAGAAUUCAAGACAGUGUUUGGAGUAUGUUUCCGCUACUUGCAACAUAUCAGGGAUCAGCGCAAUAGAGCGGCUAUGCCGAGCCUCUCACAGAGAGGUCACAGCUCCUUGCGCCAUAGCGGGCCUGGCAGGGACUCUACUACAACGCCGGACAGCGGCUCCAGGAGGCCACAUUCAGUCGAGGAAGACCUGCCUCACUACCUGUAUUCGCUGGCGUUUCAUGUCAUCACCUUUUGGUUCAUGGCGCUGAGGAUGGAGGAUCGACCUAAGCAAAUCCCAUGGAUCACCAAGAAUCUCCUGACUGUGGACAGCGCAGGAAGGCACAGCAUGGAAGAACAAGGCCAGGUCAUUGUGGAUAUCAUGAACAUGGUGGCCUACACGGAUCGAGAUCACACUGUACGCAACAAGAAUUUCUCGAAACCUGGUGACGGUGAGGUUUGGAAGAAGACGUGGAUCGUCAACAACGGUCUCUUGACGAUCGAGACAGCAGCAAGGACGGGUGUUUCUCAGGUCACAUCCCGUCGACCCUGUGGCACGCGCUUCUUCACGUUGCGACCAUCGCUCGUGCAGCCCCCGCGCUAUCAGGUGCCAAUCAACAUUGGGCUUGCGGCUGACGCCUUUUACUUCUCCUCUUACGUUGGUAUCCUGCCAGAGGAUAUCUUUCAAAGCUUUUACGCGCCUUUGGAUCUCGCGAACACCACCAUCGCCCUUCCGGAUGAUGAUAUGACCAGACGCGCCAUCGCCACAUUUGACAGAACUGCAACUGUCGAUAGUCACAAAGUAGGAGUCAUCUACAUCGGCGAAGGCCAGACCAACGAGCGUGACAUCUUCAUGAACGACAUCGGCUCUCCGGCUUACACCUCCUUUGUCACCGGCCUGGGCACAUUGAGUCGUCUGAAGGAUGCCAAAUUCAAUAGCGGUGGCCUCGACACUCGUGGUGAUGCAGACGGAGAGUUUACCUACGUGUGGCGUGACAGGUGUAUGGAGCUAGUCUACCACAUUACCACCAUGAUGCCGACGGACCCCAACGACGACAUGACGUACCCCAACAAGAAACGUCACAUUGGCAACGACUUCGUCAACAUCAUCUUCAAUGACUCAGGUCUGCCCUACAAUUUCGACACCUUUCCGGGCGCCUUCAACUACGUGCACAUCGUCAUCUCACCCGAAUCUCGAGCCAGCUUUGUCGAUCGCCGCACCGACGCAGACCCUGACGGCAAAGACCGUUACUACAGAGUGCAGGUCGUCACAAAACCUGGCUUCCCGGAUGUGUCUCCGGCCGCCGAAUCGAAGAUUCUUGGUGGCAGGCACAUUGCUGCUUACUGCCGCCUCAUCGCUAUCAAUGCGUGCGUCUUUUCCGACGUUUGGUUCCAACGCGAAGGCGGAGAGCAGAUCUCAUCAUGGCGCAACCGACUUCGCGAGAUUAAGCGCCUACGCGAACGCUACGGAGGCAGCAUCACCGAUCAACAACCUACCUCUACCCCAGCAUCACCCGGGGGCGCCAGUCAAGGUCUCUCGAGUCCGCCAUCUCGAGACCAGAAUGGCAUCGCAUCACCCUUUCAGCGCUCCAGCAUUGCCACGUUCAUCACUGAGGGCACUAGUCGCAGCUCCAUCAGCAGCUCCUCUCAUGACCAGUGAUUCUCCACUACACAUCCGCAAGCCCAUCUUUAUCUCUGGAGCCGAAAAGUCGCGUUUACAUAUACCCACUUAUCAAUACCCACAAAAGUUCGUCGUUUUUCAUCAGGUCAGUGUUGGGAUGGAUGCAUCGCAAGGUGUUCAGGAAUGGAUUGAACACCCCACAAAAGUUUUGCUUGGUUGGAGAGUUUAGAAUUCAUCUGCAUGGACGGAAAAUAACGUGGGCGCAGAGGAGCAUCGGAACGGACGUAGUGUACAUUAAAUAGCUUGUGC